GGCCAUCGAGGAACAUGUGGAAGGUAGUAGGAGGAGCAGGAGGAGGGGUGCGAUCUACUCGGCCGAUCCUCCAAAAGUUUCACCACCCGGCCUUCUUCCUCUCUCUCUCGUUUUCUCCGGCAAUCAUUUGCGCCACCCUUCUUCUCUCUCCCAUGAGCCAUGAUCUAUUUAACAUGCGCCAACCUUUUGCUUCGCAGCUGCUUGUUGCCUGCAUAUAAUUCUGUUCCUUGGCUUGCUUCUCCUUUACUUACUCCUCCAUCAUCACCUUCCACGCGCGCGCCCUCUUGCUUUUACGCGCGCCACUACAAAAGACCUGAGACCAGUAUCACCUGCUGCAGCUCACAGAUCACAAUUCUCUUCGCUGCUCGUUCGAAGAAGAUCUAGCUAGAUAAUUUAGCAGCAGCGGGAUCUGCGCGCGCGCGCUGCAUCCGAUGGGCCUCGAGGUCGCGGAAAUCUCUGAACUGGCGGCGCUCCGGCCGAUCCAGACCACCACCGUGACCGGCGAGCUUGCCGCGACAGCGAGAGCGGCCGACCACGAUGCUGCCACCACUGCCGAGACUGGCUGCGUCACGCCGACGGCGAUCCGCACACGAGGUACGGCAGGAGGAGCCAAGGACGAUGUUGCCGCCGACGGCCUUGGGUGCGCUACGCCGACGGCGAGCGAACCCGUGGCGCCACCGCAGCGAGAUGGCGGUGUCGAGGACACCAUCUGCUACACUACCCCGACUGCGUGUCGAGCCACCGCCGCGCCGGUAGAGAUCUGUGACUUCGACGCCGUCCCUGCUGCUGCCGGCAACGCAGCCGCGGCGAGCUUCACCACGCCGACGUCGGACGAGAGCGCGCUGAGGCCGGCCACGGUGUGCCCGCCGGCGCCCCAGAGGCUGGCUCCGGCGCUCAAGAGGAAGCUGGCGCCGCUGCAGCAGCGGCUCUUCCACCCGGUGCCGCUCGACCUGGCAACCGUGUUCAAGCCCGCGCCGACGACGCCGCCUGCUGCCAAGAAGAUGAGGGCGCAUGUUGUGGAAUCAUCUCAGCUGCCACUGGGCACGUAAAAGUGACACUCUUUCUUUCGUUCCUUCUGCAGCCAUGACAUGCAUGGUGCCAUUCGCAUUGCUCACGCGCGCUCGCCCAAGCAUGUAUUUCCCUCUCUCUUCCUGUCCUCAUCGGCGGCGGCGAAGCGCGCGUCGUCACUCGCGUGGCUUCUUCUGCGGUUGCGUCGCCACCGUCAGGUUCUCGACUUCCUCCACGGCUGCCCACGUCCCGGAAGCAGACAGAAUCGACGGGCGCAGCGCCGAUGAAGACGAAGCGGGACGCCUACGGCGGCCCCGCCACUCCCUCUCGUCCUCCCCGACCAAUACGUACAAUGGGUGGCACGGCGCGUGUUCGGCGAUGUGCUGGAUAGGAUCACGUAGCACAAAAAGGUGCUCCCAUUACCGUGGAUUACGAUGAGGAGUAUACUAAUGAACUAAAACCAAAAGGAGGAAAAAAAAGAAAAGGAGGCCGAAUGAAGGGAUGAAAGAGAAGACGUAGUUGAAGAAGAAGGUCGAGCAAGAAAGAUUGAGGGAGAAGAUCGACGGGGUGAUGAAGUCCACACAAACACUGAUGGAUCAAAAAUUGGAAGCCAGAAAGGAGUUAGAGGAGAAGAAGCAACAAGAUAAGAUGACAAGGUGGCUUCGAACUAGAGAAGAUGAGAAGCACAUGAGGGACUGCAAAGAAUGUAAAAUCCAUCUCGAGGAGACCAAGAUUAGAAAUGACAUCAUUGCCAAGAAGAACCAUAUGAUGAUAUUGGAUCCAAAUGCAAUCGAUAUUCUAACAAGAGAGUGGUGGGAGAUGAGAAGGUCCGAGAUUGUGGAAGAAAGACGAGACGAUGACGCGACAAGAGCUGCUUCGGCGGUGGUGGUAGUGGUUACGGCGACGGUGUGGUGGCGCCGUGGCGGUGACGUCAACGGGUCUGGAGUUGCUUGAGUUGGCUAAUUUUUAACCAUACUUUUGUGCAAGAUUAGUCGGUGUUUCGUCUAUACUAUGCUAAUUUAAAUCAUCUAUAUUUGGAAUUUGAAAAUUGUUGAUACAUUGCUAUAAAACUCUAAACCAUUCAGUUUUACGUUAGAAGUAUAUGUGUACUCGGACGAAACUUAUACCGCAAAACAAGUUUGCGGUUUAAGUUUCGCGGAAUCCAUUAGAGUUGCUCUAAACCUGCAAC